AAGAUUUUAUGUGGCGCCAAUGGCUUAACCGAUCCACAAGAAAAUCCAAUGUCUCUUUUCGUAGCUACGGUGGCUCUGCCACAUGUCGCCACCGUGAUGACGAAGCAGCCACGUCAGAGACCAAAUCCUAAAACCCAAAAUGCUAAACCAAAUAUAACCACCACUAAUCCUACCGUAAAGAAAAUAACUUCAGGUUUUAACAGUAGAAAUAAAGAGCCCACGUGGCAGUGUGUCAAGAAUUGUGGUGCAUGCUGUAAACUUGAAAAAGGGCCGAAUUUUCCUUCUGCUGAAGAGAUUUUCGAUGACCCUUCUGAUAUUGAGUUAUUCAACAGCUUGGUGGGUUCUGAUGGAUGGUGCAGACAUUUUGAUAAGAGCACAAGAAAAUGCUCCAUUUAUGCAGAUCGCCCAUAUUUCUGUCGGGUGGAACCGGCCAUCUUUGAGACACUGUAUGGGAUUGAAAAGAAAAAGUUCAACAAGGAAGCUUGCAGUUGCUGCAUAGACACAAUUAAAGCGGUAUAUGGAUCAAGCUCAAAAGAGCUGGAGAAUUUCAAUGCUGCAAUAUGGAGCUCAACUUAGUUCUGCUUUCUUUUUUCUGAGAUUCCAAAUUUCGCGUAUAAUACUCUUUCCUCUUGUUGGAUGUGAUUGCUAAAGGUAUCUCAUCAGGUGCAUCAUUUUGUUUCGAUCAGUGUUUGGAGCCUGUUGCAGUAUCAGUUCUAUGCAUGCAGAAUGAACUGGUGCGCUACAAUUGAAUCUCGAAUACUCCAAAUUUGAUGGGGAAGUGCAAAUUAAAGACAUGGAGAUCUUUUGGCUAGGCAGAUCGAUGAAUCAUCAUAGUCGAAUGAAGAUGUUUGUGAUUUAGCACUGGAUCAUCUUCUGUAAAGAACUAGAUAGAGUACAAGGAUACAGUAGCUUCUAUGAGUAGACACCUAUGUUUGCUAAUGUCAAAUUUCACUGUAUGGCCAAUCUUUACCAGAAUUUGUGGGAAGAGACAUGAUCAUAUUUCCUUUAUAUCAUAAAAUUCAGUUUAUUCAUCUUUUUGUAUGAACUUAGAAAUUAUUUUUGUGCAUAAUUAACUCUAAACUUUC